AUGGGUAGUCAAGAAAACACAACAAAUACCUCAGAAAAGGGCAGACGACUUGCCAAAGCGCAUUAUCCUUCAUAUAAACGAGACAGAUUACCAACUUUACAAGAGGUUGUAUUACGUAAAACAGCACCUCCAGUAUGUUUAUUCAACCUUUAUCUUUAUAUGAGGGAUGUAGAAAAUGCUUCAGAGUAUUUAGACUUUUAUCUCGAUAUAUUAGAACAUGAGAUAUUAUGUAGAGCAUAUGUAAAAGAUCUUAAAAAACUCGGAUUGGAUGUAAAUACGGAAUAUCCCGAAUAUGAAAGAUAUAGACCGGGAUCUAAGAUGGAAAAAGAUGAAUUAAAAUUUAGCAAACCAAUUAAUACAGAGAGUGGAGUUCGAAGGCAUUUGAGUAGUUCUUCUCGUGGUUCAGAUAAUACACUUACUUCUAGAGGCCAUGAUCCUGAGUCUACAAUUGCACAAAAAACCUCAACUACACAUGUAGUUGAUAUUCCAAUUGACGGUAAUAAUGAUAAUAAGCAAAAGCAAUAUCGAGAUUCAGUUCGUUCAAAUAAAACAAAUACAACAGCUACAACAGCAGGAAAUCUUUCAUUUUAUAAUCGUGAAAGGCCAUUUACAAGAGAUGAUCUUCGUGAAUCUGCAGAAAGGAUAUUUUUUAAAUAUAUAUUUAGUGGGUCUGAAAAAGAAAUUUCACUAUCAAGUCAUAUUAAAGAAAAAAUUACUCGCGCUAUAGAAGAAGAAGGCAUUUUUCAACACAAAAGAGAUGAUCCUUGGAUUUAUCACGAGGCUAAAAAGGAAAUUUAUACUUAUAUGGAAAAGGAAUAUUUCCCUAGAUUUUUAAAGGCCAGGGCAUUUGGUAAUAUGAAUGUCACACAGAUUUUGAUGAGAUUAGGAAUAGGUAUAUUCCUCUUAUUUCUUGGUUUCACCAUAGCAUUAAGUUUGAUUUUCUUGAAUAUAAUGCCAAGAACAGUUCGAUUAUGGGUAUGUGUAAUUUAUGUAAAAUGGGUUGAGUAA